AUGCCUUCGUCUCAGUCUCAUUCUCCCAGGAGGGGUCGCCCGAUGCCCUCGAACUCCAAAAGAGCCAGUGAGCGAUCGCCGUUACUACUUCCGACCAGCGAUGACGACGAGGGUUCCACCGACGGUAACACGAUUCUGGCGGAUCAGGAGGAUCUCCAGCAGACAAAGAGCACCUGGUACCUGAUUCUUCUCACAAUCAGCAUCGGCGGUCUACAAAUCGCAUGGUCUGUCGAGCUCUCCAACGGGUCUCCCUACUUACUCUCCCUUGGGCUGAGCAAAUCAUUGAUGGCCCUGGUGUGGAUUGCUGGCCCGCUUACCGGCACACUGGUUCAGCCUUAUGUCGGUAUGAAGAGCGACAACUGCCGGCUGCCGUGGGGCAAGCGGAAACCAUUCAUGCUCGGCGGGGCUGUGGCAACCAUCAUCUCCUUGAUGUUCUUGGCUUGGACUCGGGAAAUCGUGACCGGCAUAUUAGGCCUCUUUGGCGCAGACAUUGAGUCUCGCGCCGUCAGAAACACCAUCAUUUGCGUCGCGGUGGUGGGCAUUUAUGUCCUCGAUUUCGCCAUCAACACCGUGCAAGCCUCCAUCAGGGCCUUCAUCGUGGACUGCGCGCCAGCCCAUCAGCAGGAGGCAGCCAAUGCUAUGGCCAGCCGGAUCACCGGCUUCGGAAACAUCCUUGGAUAUGUCGCGGGCUACAUCAACUUGCCAACCUACCUCUGGUUUCUGGGUGAUACCCAGUUCAAGGUCCUGUGUGCUAUCGCCAGCAUAGCCCUUGCAACAACCAUUGUGGUGAGCACGACACUAAUCAAGGAACGCGACCCACGGCUUGAGGGCCCGCCAGUUCUGGGCAAACCCGGCGUCUUUUCAUUCUUCACGCAAAUAUUCGCAUCUAUCAAGCGGCUCCCGCCUCAAAUUAGGAAAGUUUGUCAGGUUCAGCUCUGCGCCUGGGUCGGCUUUUUCCCACUUCUCUUCUACACCUCUUCGUACAUUGGUGAGAUUUACGUCGAGCCGUACCUGGAGGCCAACCCUCAUAUGACCCCGGAAGAGCUUGAUCGACUUUACGAACGCGCAACCCGGAUUGGAACUUUUGCUCUUCUGAUCAACUCUGUUGUUAGCUUACUUACCAACGUCUUUCUUCCCUUCUUCGUCGCCCCCACCUACGACAGUCAGCCGAUCGACGACCUUCAAGGAGACUCCGACAGUGCAGACUAUGACAAUGAGAAGUCGUCAUGGCUCGAUAAGCUGCAGAUCCCUGGGUUCACCCUCAAGCGGGCUUGGUUCGCCUCUCUGCUUCUUUUCUCGGGCGCCAUGUUCUGCACCGUCAUUGUGCGUACGGUAGAAGCAGCGACAGCCCUGAUCGGACUGGUAGGAAUCACUUGGGCAAUGACCCUGUGGGCGCCCUGGGCCAUUAUCAGCGCCGAAAUCAGCCGAAGAGAUGCAAUGAUCCGACAGGCGAAGCAAAGGCAGUUCGGCCCCAGCGGGGAUGCAGAGGGUCCGGCGUCGCCCUCUCUGGACUCCGUCGCCGACUCGGAAUUGAAUGAUGGCGAGGAGCCAGACCAGGCUGGUGUCAUCCUUGGUAUCCACAACAUGGCUAUCGCCGCUCCCCAAAUCAUCGCCACCGUCGGCUCGAGCGUCAUCUUCCGAGUUUGGCAGAAGCCUCGCGGUACGCCAGGCGAUCAUUCCAUCGCCAUCGUCUUGGCGUUUGGCGGUAUUGCCGUGCUUGUGUCGUCCUUCUUCGUGGCCAGCAUCAAGGAGAGCGCCGCGAUGCCGGCAGAUGCCAUGAUCGUCGCUGAGGAAGGUGAGGGUGAAGGUGCCGCGGGAAGCCGCCCCGGAACGGCUCGAAGCCGUAACAAGAGCUAUGAGCAUCUUCCGCGGGCCAGCAUCAAGCGUGCGACCAUUACGAGGAACAAGAGUUUUGGAGGUGCCGAGUACUAA